AUGCCCGGGGCCAGGGACGAGAUCUGUCAGAAGGCACUGCAGCUGCUGGCCGAGCUGUGCUCCAGCGGGGCGGUAGAGCACGACAGCUGCCAGGAUUUUAUCCAUUACCUGCGGGACCGCGCCAGACCCCGGCUCACCGACUCAGACGUCUCAGUGAGUUUGCUGUCUCUAGUUGUCACAGCCUGUGGGUUGGCCCUCUUCAGUGUAUCUUUAUUUGUGUCCUGGAAGCUCUGCUGGAUCCCUUGGAGAGAACGAGGCCUGUUCUCGGGAAGCAAAGACAACCAGGAACCCCUGAAUUACACAGAAACCGAGACCAAUGACCCAGAGUACAGUGAGGACUAUCAGGAGCAGCCCUCGCCCUAUCCAGAUGCCGCCAUGAAGAUCAGCCACACCUCUCCUGACAUCCCCUUGGCUUCUCAAGCAGAGAACAAGGAGAAUUGUGUACAUGCGGCCCGCGUGCAACGGCAAGUGACAGAGCCCACGCCAUCUGCCCGGCAUAAUUCAAUCCGAAGGCAACUCAACCUCUCAAACCCAGACUUCAAUGUCCAGCAGCUUCAGAAGCAGGAACAGCUGACAGGAAUUGGACGCAUUAAACCUGAAUUAUAUAAGCAGAGGUCGGUGGACACUGAUGACGGGAGAAAGAGCAACAGCAAAGCCUGUGGGAAACUGAACUUCAUUGUGAAAUAUGACUGUGACUUAGAGCAGCUGAUCGUGAAGAUCCAUAAAGCUGUCAACCUGCCAGCAAAAGACUUUUCUGGGACAUCAGACCCUUACGUUAAGAUUUACUUGCUCCCGGAUCGGAAAACUAAACACCAAACUAAAGUUCACAGAAAGACACUAAACCCAGUCUUUGAUGAGGUUUUUUUAUUCCCAGUUCCCUACAAUGACCUUGCCAUGAGGAAGCUUCACUUCUCUGUCUAUGACUUUGACCGGUUCUCCCGCCAUGAUUUAAUUGGCCAAGUGGUUGUGGAUCACUUCUUAGAUUUGGCAGACUUCCCUCGAGAGUGUAUCCUUUGGAAGGAUAUCGAGUAUGUCACCAAUGAAAAUGUGGAUCUUGGAGAUUUGAUGUUUUCCCUUUGCUAUCUUCCAACUGCUGGAAGGCUGACCAUCACCAUAAUCAAGGCCAGGAACUUAAAAGCAAUGGAUAUAACUGGAGCAUCAGAUCCUUACGUGAAAGUCUCACUGAUGUGUGAAGGCAAACGCCUGAAGAAAAGAAAAACUUCCACCAAGAGGAACACACUCAACCCUGUUUACAAUGAAGCCAUAGUCUUUGAUGUCCCCCCAGAAAACAUUGACCAAAUUCACUUGUCGAUAGCUGUCAUGGACUAUGACCGUGUAGGUCACAAUGAGAUCAUUGGGGUGUGCCAAGUAGGCAACGAAGCAGAGCGCCUUGGACGAGAUCACUGGAGUGAAAUGUUAUCAUACCCUCGGAAACCCAUCGCUCACUGGCACCCACUAGUUGAGGUAAGCCCCACCUGUCUCCUCACUGCUCAGUUUCUGUAG